AUGUUGAAUAAGGUAUUAUUAUCUACGGAUGUAGCAUUGAUUUGUGUUCAACAUGCUCUUUCUACAGAAAAAGAAGAAAUUAUGGGACUGCUAAUAGGAGAAGUGCAUAAUAAUAACACAUUGGUUUCAAUUGUAUCUUCUGUUAUUUUGCGGCGUCUCGAUAAAAAGCCGGACAGGGUUGAGAUAUCAGAAGAACAGUUAGUACAGGCGACAUUAAGAGCCGAAGAGCUAGCUGCUGCAGUUGGUCGACCAUUGAGAGUUGUUGGCUGGUAUCAUUCCCACCCACAUAUCACAGUUUGGCCAUCUCACGUUGAUCUUGCAACUCAAUCCAUGUAUCAAAGAAUGGACUCAAGUUUUGUUGGAAUAAUAUUUGCUGUGUAUAUUCAAGAUCAAACAGCAAAGGCACCUUCAAUACAAAUCACAUGCUUCCAAUCAGUAAAUGAAGGUACAAAUCAAAGCAGACGAGAAAUUGAACUGGAAAUUACUAACAGCAAUGACUCUCUAACAUUAAAUAAUUUUGAGAUCUUGACACAGUUACCUGCUAUUCUAAAGGAAGAAGAGGAUGAAUCUUAUAAAAAUGAAGCUGAGGGAAGUGAUUGUGAAGAUAUUCUAAAUAAACAACAUAAUUCAGCUGUAAGAACUAUAGCUAUUGGACACAUAGUUGAAAAGAUAUCUCGACCAAUGUUGGAAGCUCUUGUUGCUAGAAACGCAUUGAACACUGUCCGUCUUAAAGCUUUAAAGAAACAACACCAGGAGCUUAUGUCUAGAUUGGAUAAGAUGUCUUGCAAUGUUUAG